AGGCCCCUCCCCACCCCACCCCCUGCCAGCCUCCCUGUAGAGGAGAGAAUGGCUCACUGGUAAGCUCUUAGUUGGCAUUUCUGGGUAAACUUAAACAUACUCACUGUAAAGCUUGGUUACUAAGUCUUGGCUGUGGCCAAGAAGCUUGCACGACAGUGACAGCCACUUUAUAAUGUGUUUUCUGGUGAAGUCUUUUAUCUUGAAUAAUGUAUAACGUUUCCCCAAAUGUGUUUCAUGGUGUGUGUGGUUCUGCAGGUCAUUGUGGGUCUAAUGCAAACAACUGGGCAGUUUCUUUCUCACACAAGAGCCCAAUAGCCUGGCAUUCCACAAAACUCACUGUGGGAGAUGCUUACCUAAUAAACAGGACGGAGCCUAGCAAGGUAUCCUGCUGUCCCCACUGAUCCCUAAAAUACAAUUGGUUCAGAAAGUUGGCUUGGUGAAGAAAAGAACUUUAGGGGCACCUGAAAUGGUCUAAGGGUGACCCUAAUGGUUUCUACCUUCUUGCUUUCCCUUUUGUCUCCAAGUUCAGUGUGUUUCAAACUGGUUUGAGACUGUUAAUGAAUUGUGAAAUGUCCUGACAUUUUUAUUUCCUAAACUAUUGUGAGAUAAUUGUACAUUCACUGCAGUUGUAAGAAAUAGUACAGAAAUUCUGUAGUACAAUAUCACAGCCAGGAAGUUGACACUGACACAAUCCCAGCCUUGCUCAGACUUCACCAGUUUUGCAUACACUCAUUUGUGUGUGUGUGUGUGUGUGUGUGUGUGGUGUCUUCCGUGCAUUUUUUUUCACGUGUGACUUCAUCAACGUUUUUUAAAAAUAGUAUAUAUAUACUAAUCAGAAUGCGUCACUCCUAUUAAGGGUAAGUACUGAUUUAGUUACAGACAUGUUGACUAGAUUGUAAAAAUGUCUUUUUACUGUGGGUCAUGAUCAGAUUUAAAAGCAACAGGUCAUUUAGUUAUCCUGGCUUCGUUUCACUCAGGAUCAGUUACGUUCCCAUCCCCUCAACAAAUAUGUGCCCGGGAGAGUGCUGUCCCCUUGGUGGGGCUGACCGUGACUUUCGAGAGUUCACCACAUCGAGUCUUCCCAGUGUUUUCCUGGGAUGUGGCACCUCAUCACCUACUUCUGGUGGAUGGAAAACUGGGCUAAAUUAGAUCUAUUGAGAGACAGUGACAUAGAUGUGUUCUGUACCCCAGGAGCUAUUGAAGGGGUUUGCAAGGGUAAUUUUGGCCAGAAGUUGUUUUUGCUCUCCUGCUGACUUUAGGACAUAACUCCGUAGUAAGUUGGAACUCACUGUAUUUUGCCAAUAAUGGGGAUCAGACUUCUGAAAAGUGCUGUAAAUGGCAAGACCAGGGUUGCUUAGAAAAUAUGGAGUUAGGAGAAAAAGAGGCAUUAAAUAUUUUUUAAUAAACCCUAAGGAAUUGUCUUAAUUCCAAGACUUUGUCAGCAUAAAAACCCAUGCUGGUGAAAACCCCUCUCCAGACAUGCUCCUUUGUCUUCAUCUGUUUCCAGGGCACAGUUAACUCUUUCUCAAGGACCCUCCGUCCCCUUUGUGGACAAAGGCACACUGUAACUUCAGCCAAAGCCCAUAGAAUUGUAGGAGGAGGGAGGUCUCAAGCUGAGGGUCAGCAUGCUGAGAGGAUGUGGGUGACGAGAAACGGGAUCUAGUCUCAAUUGCUGCUAAUUUGCUGCCUUACCCUAAAGGUCCAUACCUGGGAGGUAUAGAUGAGCUGGGAUAUAAGCUGGAGAGGUGGAAGCAGUGUUUAAGACAGACCUGGGUUUGAAUCCAUGUUCCACCACUUAAUAGCUAUGUGACUGAGUAAAUUUCUUAAUCUGAGCCCCGAUGGCCUCAUCUUUGGACAUGACACCACCUAUUUCACAGGGCUCUUAAAAAGGAAUAGAGAACAGAUAAUAAGUGCCUAUCACAUUGUAGGCAUUUAUAAUGCCUAUAAUUAUCAUUGAUAACACCGUCUAAUAAAUCUUAGUUACAUUCUUGUACUCUAAGAGGAUCAGAGUGGCAGGACUGCUGAGAAGCCAAGUCCAGCAUAAACCAAGGUCGCUCUGCAUUGGGGUUUUUCAGGUCCUCACCAAAAACGGUGAUAUUUUUCACUGUUUGGUGGCCCUCAAACUGCCGCGUGGGGUGAGAAGGGUGUUAGUGGGAAGCUCCAAGUCUGGAUAAAGUGCGACCUGGGCAAGCUAAGAACCAGGAGCUUGAUGGAAAAGCAAAUAAGACUGUAACAGGAAGUGGAGGUGUGGAACCAGAGGACAUGAAGCUGAAGCCAGGAAGAGGAAGUAAUGCCAGCUGCUGCGUCAGCCCUUCUACCCAGAGCUGAUACUUGACAGUUACCAUUUCAGUUCCCUUCAGUCUCAUUCGCAGUAGGCCUGAGGGACCCUCGUCCCAGCAGCUACAGAGACCUAAGACCAAAGCCUGGGUCGGCUCUGGGGGCCAUUUUGAAUUCAGUGCUUCCCCCUUCUGGGGAUUGCUAAAAGCACUGCAGUUUGUGUGACUCCGAGGGAGGCUUGAAGAAUCUGUCGUAGCCCUGACAGGACUUUAAAGUCUUCCUGAAGCCAGGAUCCUGGCCAGACUUGGUCACAGGACUGUCCCCAGAGCCCUUCAGAGGCUCCCAAGGGCUCAUCAGCCGGAGCCUAUGGGGAGCUACCCAGGGCCGACAGGAAAAUUUCCAGGAGAAUGGGGUGCACGAAGGAGACCCAGGUGGAUCUCCUGCCACAGUCCAGAUUGGACACCAUGAUACAGGCUCUACCUGAGAGGAGAACGGGGACUGAGGUGGGGAACUCUAGGGCCCACAGAUCCGCUGGAUGGAGCAUCUGAAAACUGCACCAGAGCCCUCUUGUGGGCGAAGGAGAGAAGGCUGGGGAUAAGUCAGUCCCAGGGACUGAUGGAACAGAGAGGAACUAAAUGAUCCAAUAAGGAGGAAACAGGGCUGAGCUGAGGACAGAACCCAGGCUCCCCGGCUCUGGCUCCCGAACUUGUUCUCCUUUACACGUCAUCCCACACAGUGUUUAGACAGAGUAGCGAAGAAGAAACACAGACAUCUUGGAUCCUGCAGGGAGGAGGCCAGGGCUGGGAACAGAAGGAGGUCUGUUUAUUCCUGGCAAUCCAACAUGAGACGCCCCACUCCCACUUCUGUCAAGGCCCCAGGGUGAACUCUCCCAGAGCCUCUGACUUCUGCACCGCCAGAUAGCAUGGGGCCGAGAGCGUCCACUGGAAUGCAGCAUCCUCCCACCCACCAGCUCCCUUGAGGAUGGGUUUGAGGCUGGGUGCUUUCCUCUUCCCAGUUUUUGUCCCAACAGAGGUCCUUCUCUCCAGGACUCCUGACUGCUAUGCAGGGUUGGCAGAGCUAGACCUCUCAGGCCUCCAGCCCUUCAGGCCCAGGUCUCACCGAGAGAGCACAGAAAACCCCUUGCUCCGUCUACAAGGAGCGUUUUCCUAAUGUCUAAACUCCAGCUUUCACGCUGCAGUUUUAGCCUGUUCCCUCCCACUUCAGGCGUCAAGAGAGUGUAACUGCUUGUCUCCCUCACCCCAAAGCCUCACUUGACACAAGCUGGAAAUUGGGUCUUCCUAGCCUUGAACUUGCCCUUCCUCUCACUCUGCCUAGUUUCUUGUGUUUCCCUGUGGAGUGAAAGUGUCAUUCCCCUCUUGCUUUGCACAGGCUCUCUAUCAGGCUUUCUCAAUGGAAUUCUCAGAGGGGACAGGUGGCUGGAGGGAAGGGAUGUGCAGAGAAGGCCAGAAAUCCCUUUCAUUGUGUGCUUCUGUGCCGAGCACUGACCCAAGUCCUUAUCACACGCUUUUUUUUUUUUGGCUGCACCGGGCAGCAUGCAGGAUCCCAACGGCGAGGGAUCCAACCUGUGUCCCCUGCAGUGGAAGCGCAGAGUCUUAACCGCUAGACUGCCAAAGUCCCCGACACAUUUUCUCAUAUAGUCUCACAAGAGGUGAGAAAAUUGAGGCCCAGAGGCAGCUUGCCCCAAGUCACAACCCCAGAGCUAUUUGUGCCUCAUAGCCCAGAACCUGACUCACAAAGUAGCUGAGAAAAGUGUGGAAUGACCCCAGAUUCUGGAAGGCAAGCCUGGCUUUAUAAGCUAAAAUUCCCUACCAGGUGAUAGGAAGGGCAGGCAGUGAAGAUUCUCAUAUUCCAAACAUCCCCCCACCACCACCACCAUCAGACACACACCACUAUGCGGACUGGCACUGUCAGCUGGCUUGGCCACUCCAGGGGUUUAAGGCUCAUAAAAUGUAAAUAUAUGAGCUGGGAAGUGGAGAAGGUAGACUAAAUCAUUGUUCACUAGCUGGAAUGCAUUUCUCAGAUUAGCUAAGCAGUAGCGGGCCAGAGGGCUCCAAGCUGGGUGACCUGCCUUGGUGGCAAGCUAUGGCCAGUGGCUGGAGAGGGGACCACUGGUACAGGAGGGUAAGGAGGGGGCACUGGAGAAAGGGGAGGAAGGCCUCCCAGUACUGCAGCUCAGGGUGUGCCAGGUCCCACCCCCCAGAGGCGGGGCCAGGCUGAUCCCCGCCAGCCUCAGCUCCAUCCCUCCAGGAACCCAGGCGAGGGCAAAGCCAGGGAGAGCAGUGGAGAGCCGGGGCCCUGCUGUACUCGCACAGUGGAGGUACCAUGCCCUUACCGGUCAGGACACCAGACAUCGCCAGAAGCCCUGCAGCGCUGGCUGCGACAACUCCCUGACACUCAGAGGAAAAGCCCAGGCUGGGGGAGCAACACCUGUCCCUCACAGCCAUGCACGCCCGCUGCUGCUCCAGGUCUCCCCCGUCCCCAGGCCCAAGAUGACACCCAACAGCACCAGGGAGAUGCCCAGCCCCAUUCCCGCAGGGGCCCUGGGGCUCUCCCUGGCCCUGGCAAGCCUCAUCGUCGCUGCCAACCUGUUCCUGGCCCUGGGCAUCGCCAGGGACCACCGCCUGCGCGGCCCACCUGCUGGCUGCUUCUUCCUGAGCCUGCUGCUGGCCGGGCUGCUCACCGGGCUGGCGCUGCCCGUGCUGCCAGGCCUAUGGAACCAGAGCCGCCGAGGCUACUGGUCCUGCCUCUUCCUCUACUUGGCUCCCAAUUUCUCCUUCCUCUCCCUGCUUGCCAACCUCCUGCUGGUGCACGGGGAGCGCUACAUGGCAGUGCUGCGGCCUCUGCGGCCCCGCGGGAGCACCCGGAUGGCCCUGCUCCUCACCUGGGCUGGCCCCCUGCUCUUUGCCAGCCUGCCUGCCCUGGGCUGGAACCACUGGGCCCCUGGGGCCAACUGCAGCUCCCAGGCUGUCUUCCCAGCCCCCUACCUCUACCUCGAAGUCUAUGGGGUCCUGCUGCCCGCCGUGGGCGCUGCCGCCCUUCUCUCGGUCCACGUGCUGGCCACCGCCCGCCGUCAGCUACAGGACAUCCGCCGGCUGGAGCGGGCUGUGUGCCGCGGCGCGCCCUCGGCCCUGGCCCGCGCCCUCACCUGGCGGCAGGCCAGGGCACAGGCUGGAGCCACGUUGCUCUUCGGGCUGUGCUGGGGGCCCUACGUGGCCACCCUGCUCCUCUCCGUCCUGGCCUAUGAGCAGCGCCCGCCGCUGGGGCCCGGAACUCUGCUGUCUCUCAUCUCCCUGGGCAGCGCCAGUGCGGCGGCCGUGCCUGUGGCCAUGGGGCUGGGUGAUCAGCGCUACACGGCCCCCUGGAGGGCGGCCGCCCAGAAGUGGCUCCGGGUGCUGCGGGGAAGACCCCAGGGCAGUCCUGGACCCAGCCCCGCCUACCACACCAGCAACCAAAGCAGCAUGGACCUCGACUUGAACUAGGGGAGGGGCCCCUGCUCGUUCCUACUAGAAGCAUCCGUCCAUCUUGGCCACCAAGCCCAUCUCCACUUAUCCCCGCACCUCUGGAUCAGAGACCCUGCCCCUAUACGACCCCACCCUGACUGAAUAAAGCUCCCCUGGCUCCCAG